AUGACAGUUCCUCCUGGUUGUUUUUCUGAAAGUAAUAAUCAAGUUUGCAAGCUAAACAAGUCUUUAUAUGGUCUUAAGCAAGCUCCUAGGCAAUGGAACACUAAAUUGACCAAUGCUUUAAUUGAAAAUGGUUUUAUUCAAAACAAAUUUGAUUAUUCUUUGUAUACUAAGAAGUUUGAUAAGGGCUUUGUUGCUCUGCUAGUGUAUGUUGAUGAUAUUUUUGUCACAGGGGAUAAUGUUUCUGAAGUAAAUGAAGUUAAAGAUUUUUUAAGUAAGAAAUUUUUGAUUAAGGAUUUAGGUUUCCUAAAGUAUUUUUUGGGUAUUGAAAUAUUGCAAAAUGAUCAAGGUGUAUGUAUGACACAAAGAAAGUAUUGUUUGGAAGUUUUACAUGAAUAUGGCUUACUUGCUGCCAAACCUAUUGAUACACCUAUUCCUGCUAAUGUUGUUCUUAGUUCUACUGAAUCUGAACAUGACAAAUUCUUGACUAAUAUUUCUAAGUAUCAACAACUGGUUGGUAAACUUAUAUACUUGACUCAUACAAGACCUGAUAUAUCUUAUGUUCAUUGUCUGAGCCAACAUAUGCAUGCUCCUUUAAUGUCUCAUUUCAAGGCUUCUUUAAGGGUUCUCAGGUAUUUGAAAGGUGCUCCUGGUACUGGUAUUCAAUUUAAUAAAAAAGAUAACUUUGAUCUUAUUGUGUAUACUGAUUCUGACUGGGCAAAGUGUCCUAGCACUAGAAAAUCAGUUUCUGGUUUUUGUGUUUUUCUGGGAGGAUCUCUUGUUUCUUGGAAGAGCAAGAAACAAGCCACUAUUUCUAGAUCUUCUACUGAGGCUGAGUAUAGAUGUAUGGCAUCUGCUACUUGUGAAAUUAUAUGGCUGAAUAAUCUGCUUCAAAGUCUUCAGGUUAAUUCUUCUCUCCCUAUAGAUAUGUUUUGUGAUAAUAGCUCUGUUAUACAACUUGCCUCUAAUCCUGUAUUUCAUGAGAAGUUUAAGCACUUUGAAUUAGAUUGGUAUGUUGUUAGAGAAAAAGUUACUUCUGGUCUUAUAAAAGUUGAGAAGAUUGAUUAUAAGAAUCAAGUAGCUGACAUUUUUACUAAAGGGUUGAGUAUUACUCAACACAAGAGUUUGAGCAAGAGAUUGAAUCUGUUUGAUAUGUUUGGAAAACUAGGAAACAUUUAA